AGAACCAAUACAACAAGAAGAAGGAAGAAACAGAGCAACAAGAAUGGAGGAAUUCGAAUACGGCGAGCUCCAAUCUGCAACCGACGAUUUCUCCCUAUCGGCACUCGUCGGAAAAGGAAGCCAUGGAUGUGUCUACAAAGGUGUUCUAGGAGAUGGCAAGCUUGUCGCGAUUAAAAAGCCUUCGAUCGGUCUUCAAAUCCUUCGAGACAACUCCAAGCUCGAUAACGAGAUUGAGGUUCUCUCUUCUCUACAUAGAAGCCCUUACCUGGUCAACCUGGUUGGAGUGAGUCACGAUGGUUUGACUCAGAAGAAACUCCUUGUCAUGGAGUUCAUGCCCAAUGGAUCUCUUCAUGACUCGCUCCAUAACAUGUCUACCCCUCCAAGCUGGUCUAAACGUUUACACGUGGCUCUCCAAGUCGCCCGAGCGGUGCAGACACUGCAUGAGGCCAGACCUUCUAUCAUUCACAGAGAUAUCAAAUCAGCCAACAUCUUGUUCGAUUCCAAUUGGAAUGCCAAGUUGGCAGAUUUCGGCCUUGCCGUGAGGCAGAACGAGUCAACUCAGCCGGUUAACUCACCGAGUCAACCCGCUGGUACAAUUGGUUACUUGGACCCUUGUUACACCACACCAGGAAAACUAAGUACCAGAAUUGAUGUUUUCAGCUUUGGUGUGGUAUUACUAGAAAUGAUAAGCUGUAGGCGAGCAAUCGAUGCCAGGCGAGAUCCGGCUUCUAUCGUCGAAUGGGCGUUGUCGUUGAUCAGUGGGAAUCGAGGAGGGCUCGAGGUGUGCGAUACGAGGAUCGCAUUGCCCGGCAACAUGGAAGGCACAAUACGUUGCAUUCUCAAUGUUGCGGCUCAAUGUGUUUCGUCGAAGGAAGAGUGUCGUCCUUCAAUGGCAGAGAUAGUCUCAGAACUAGAGAAUUGUAUGGUGAGACCGAUUCGAUAUCCGGUGUGGCGUAGCCUUCUUCGGAGCGUUCUCUCACGAAGAAAACGGAAAGCGACGACACGGACUACCACAAUAAUAUGCACAACACAUCAAGCAGACGUCCAUGUUGAUCAUUCAAGAGGGAAGCUGUUGGUAAGAGAGGUUUUAGCCGAAGUAUCCUUCAAUUGAAGCGAAAAAAGACUAAACCCGGACACAAGUCAAUCUAAGUCGGCCGAUUCUGAGUUACGAGUUGGGAUGAACUCGGAAACGAAAACGACGUGACAACCUGCACGUACACGGAGUCCAAACAGAAGAAUCCCAAAAAGCAGGUGGGAGAGCAUUAUUAUUCCACAAACUUUGUUUAAUGGGUUUUGUCAUUCCAUCCUGAUGGCUUCAACUCACCUUUUUUCCUUUAUUUUCUUGCUAAUUUUUGUAUUAAAGAUUCUAUAUCUGAAUGAUUUGUAUAAUACAUUAUAGAAAGAAAAAGAAAUUGAAAAAGAAGAAUAGGACAGAGAGGCUUGCUUGGGUUUCAGCCCAAGAAGACAUUG